AUGCCGCGACUAGGGUUUUCUUCACUGCUCUUCCUGGUAUGGAUUCCCACCAGAAUCCGGGCCUGCUUACAAUGUGACACAGAAUUUAAGAGCAAUAUAGCUAAGCUCCGGACUGACGUUGUUCCAAAACAGAUGCGGGACACUCGCUUGAAGGCACGGGCUGAAGCCCUACUCAGAGGCCUUGAAGGGGAUUUUUUCCUGCAUUAUGCCACUAGCCAGUUUUCGGGAUUGGCAGUUAAAGCGAUGGUUGAUGCCUUGUUGCAAGAGGUGAAGGUCACAACAGAAAAACUGCUUCUAACCAAAUCUACAGAUGAGGAUCUGCUGGAAAAGUUGGUGGAAUUCCGGAGAAAGACAACCAUGAAACUCAAAAAAGCCUUAAAGAAGCACCAGAUAGAAGGUUGUGAUGAAAAAAUAUGUGGAUCACUGACAUAUGAAGUAAUUAAUUGCAAAAGAUGCCUACCAGCAGGAGCGUAUUGCUUGUCACUAAGUCAGUGCUUUGUUGAUAACCAAGACCGCCUGGCCCUUCGCUUCGGGGAACCGUUGGUGGACCCAGACAUCGCUCGAACGGGAGUUGCUGUUGUCCUGUGUAUGGGCGGAGUGUUAUUCCUGGUAAUCAUGGGCGCGAUUAUUGUGUACUGGAGAAGUCAGCUGUAUCGGUAUGUUUAG